AUGUCGGGCACUGUCACGAUGGAGAUGUAUGGAAGCUGGUAUGGUAUCUGGGCUGGCACUAAGAAGGAGGUCAUGGCAAGCGAUGUGAACGAUGACAUGAGUUUCUGGAAUGAUAUCAAUAUUCCGUGGGACGCCAGAGUCUCUAAGGAGUCUCAGAGGCACCCCUCAAAUUCUGACACUGUCAUGAGCCUUGAUCUGGACUAG